UUCCCGGCCCCAUCCACUUCCGUUCUGCGGCGCCGCUCCCCUCACGGCCCCGCUCCCCUCACGACCCUCCCGGCCCUGCCAGGAGCGGUAUCGGGGCGCUGUUUGUCACCUUCUGGGGGACCCUGCGGCUUCUCGGUGCUGCUGUGUGGCCUUUUGGAGCCGUUUUCAGCACAGCUACCGCAUUAAAGGUCGAUUUAAUUAACCCUUAAGGGCCUGUAAAUUGUUUGUUUUCUAGUGGCUGCUUCCCCACAGCUGGAUUGGAGCAUGGAGCCCAUCUCCCUGCCAGAACCAGGCAUUCCUGCAGGAAACAGCUCAUCUGGGGCACAGGAAAAAUUCCAUGUGCUGCUGGGAGUGACUGGGAGCGUGGCUGCCCUCAAGCUGCCCCUGCUGGUGGCAGAAUUGCUGAAAAUCCCUGGGCUCGAGGUGAAGGUGGUCACUACUGAGAGAGCAAAGCAUUUCUACAAUGCCCAGGAGAUUCCUGUGACCCUCUAUGGUGAUGAAGAGGAGUGGCAGCUGUGGAAGGGCCGCUCGGACCCCGUCCUGCACAUUGAGCUCCGGCGCUGGGCUGACCUCAUGGUGGUGGCACCUCUGGAUGCCAACACGCUGGCAAAGGUUGCCAAUGGCAUCUGUGACAACCUGCUGACCUGUGUGAUCCGCGCGUGGGACCUGAGCAAACCCCUGCUCUUCUGCCCAGCCAUGAACACGGCCAUGUGGGAGCAUCCCAUCACAGCUCACCACGUGGAGCAGCUCAAGGCCUUUGGCUACACGGAGAUCCCCUGUGUGGUGAAGAAACUGGUGUGUGGAGAUGAAGCCUUAAGAGCUUUAAGCUGAGCCUGAUACUGAAGAGAAAUGCUCAUUCAGGAAGAGAGGAGAUCAAAGAGAAGGAAGGUUCUGUGGCAAGCUUCACCAGCCUGGGAUUUGGGUGUCUUGACUUUGCCCUCUGCUGGGACUGGGGGCUGUUUUCAUUGUGCCUCAGUUCCUCAGCUCCAUCACUGGGAUUAAAUCUUGUCCUUGAGUGCAGACAGUGAGAAAACCCUUUGCAGAUGUGGCUGGGGGUGUAGCUGGACACACAUUUAACAUUUGUUGUUAUUGUUGCCUGGGUUACUUUUUAGCUUCCCAAACAAGCUUUGAUUUGGGGUUUUGACACCGGAGUUCUGUGAAGUGAAAGAGGGGUGUGGAGGAAGUGCAGACUGAAUACAUUUAGCUUGCAGUGCUAAGAAAUAAUCAUCUCAUUUGAGUUUUAGUAGCUUGCUUUAAAUGGAGGUUUUUUGACUUUUGAGAAGGGUUUUAAUAUAAACCACUUGGAUGAAUGGAUUUGUAUUUUUAUUAAAAUUUCAUUGGGCAAAUCUCUGUAAAAUGUGCCUUAGUUCCAGCCACAGCCUGCGCCUACUUCUGUGUAACAGCCCUGGCUCCAGCAGGAUUUUAACCACCCUGUCAGUCCAAUAAACAGUCUGUGACAAAGACAGGCUGUUAAAAUGUCCCUCAUGGUUAAAUUCUAGGCCUGGCUUGGUUUUGGAAUCCUUAGGUAAGUGCAAUGACUCCAUGAAUUUGUACUUUUGGAACUGAAAACUAAGAAAUAUUUACAGUUAGGUAAGUGUGGUCAAGUAACUCAGACAUCAGUUGAAAUAUCCUGGGUGGUUAGCCUUUCACUGGGAUUUUAGACAUGAUUACAUCAAAUUUCUUCAU